GCCUGCAUAUCGUGCUUCCGGCGCGGAGAUGAACUUCCACAAGCCGCGGCACUUAGUGAUGAUGUAACUUCCGGUUACUGUGCUGAGUCGGAAGUGGGAACCCUUCGGCCGCUUAGAUUCUGUUGUGUCGUCGCUGCUGGCCCUUCAGGCUCUGGUCUGGAUGGAGGAUACCUUAAAGUGAAAUGACAGACCAGGAGAAUAACAACAACAUCUCAAGUAACCCCUUUGCUGCUCUUUUUGGCUCCCUGGCUGAUGCCAAACAGUUUGCGGCAAUCCAAAAAGAGCAGCUGAAGCAACAAUCUGAUGAACUCCCAGCUAGCCCAGAUGACUCGGAUAAUAGUGUGUCAGAGAGCCUGGAUGAAUUUGAUUACUCUGUGGCUGAGAUUAGCCGCUCAUUCCGAUCACAGCAGGAAAUAUGUGAGCAACUCAACAUCAAUCACAUGAUCCAAAGGAUCUUCCUUAUCACUCUGGACAACAGUGAUCCCAGCUUGAAAAGCGGGAAUGGCAUCCCCAGCCGUUGUGUGUAUUUGGAGGAAAUGGCAGUAGAACUAGAAGAUCAAGACUGGCUUGAUAUGAGCAACGUUGAGCAGGCCCUCUUCGCUCGCUUAUUACUUCAGGAUCCGGGCAACCACUUAAUUAACAUGACUUCUUCUACAACGCUAAAUCUCUCUGCUGAUCGAGAUGCAGGGGAGCGGCACAUUUUUUGUUACCUUUACUCCUGCUUCCAGAGAGCCAAGGAAGAGAUUACCAAAGUUCCAGAGAACCUGCUACCCUUUGCAGUACAGUGCAGAAACCUCACUGUGUCCAAUACUCGAACAGUUCUCCUCACCCCAGAGAUCUAUGUCGACCAAAACAUCCAUGAGCAACUGGUAGAUUUGAUGUUAGAAGCCAUCCAGGGAGCCCAUUUUGAAGAUGUAACUGAGUUUCUAGAAGAGGUGAUUGAAGCCUUGAUACUGGAUGAGGAAGUUCGAACAUUUCCAGAAGUCAUGAUUCCAGUGUUUGAUAUUUUAUUGGGCCGAAUAAAGGAUCUAGAGCUCUGUCAAAUCCUUUUGUAUGCAUAUCUGGAUAUUCUUCUCUAUUUCACUAGGCAAAAAGAUAUGGCAAAGGUUUUUGUGGAAUAUAUUCAGCCCAAGGACCCUACCAAUGGGCAAAUGUACCAGAAGACCUUGCUGGGAGUAAUUCUGAAUAUCUCCUGCUUAUUAAAGACUGCGGGUGUUGUAGAAAAUCAUGGCUACUUUUUGAAUCCAUCUCGUUCCAGCCCCCAGGAGAUCAAAGUACAGGAGGCCAACAUCCAUCAGUUCAUGGCUCAGUUCCACGAAAAGAUCUACCAGAUGCUGAAGAACUUACUCCAGCUCUCUCCAGAAACCAAACACUGUAUCUUGUCCUGGCUUGGAAACUGUUUGCAUGCAAAUGCAGGCCGCACCAAGAUUUGGGCCAAUCAAAUGCCAGAAAUCUUUUUCCAAAUGUAUGCCUCGGAUGCCUUCUUUCUGAAUCUGGGUGCUGCUCUCCUGAAGCUAUGCCAGCCAUUUUGCAAACCCAAAUCCUCUCGGCUCCUCACCUUUAAUCCCACAUACUGUGCCCUGAAGGAGUUGAAUGAUGAAGAAAGAAAAAUUAAAAAUGUACACAUGAGAGGUUUGGACAAAGAAACCUGUUUGAUCCCAGCUGUGCAGGAGCCGAAGUUCCCACAGAACUACAACCUUGUAACUGAGAACCUUGCCCUGACAGAGUACACCUUGUACUUGGGAUUUCACAGGUUGCAUGAUCAGAUGGUAAAAAUCAACCAAAAUCUGCAUCGGCUGCAGGUUGCCUGGCGGGAUGCUCAGCAAAGUUCUAGCCCUGCUGCUGACAAUCUUCGUGAGCAGUUUGAACGACUGAUGACCAUCUAUCUUUCUACCAAGACUGCCAUGACAGAGCCACAAAUGCUACAAAACUGCCUAAACUUGCAGGUGUCCAUGGCUGUUCUACUGGUUCAACUGGCCAUAGGCAAUGAGGGCUCACAGCCAAUAGAGCUAACCUUUCCUUUGCCAGAUGGCUACAGCUCUUUGGCUUAUGUGCCAGAAUUUUUUGCAGAUAACCUGGGUGAUUUUCUCAUUUUUCUCCGCCGCUUUGCCGAUGACAUUUUGGAGACAUCAGCAGAUUCCCUGGAGCAUGUCCUUCAUUUUAUCACUAUUUUCACUGGAAGCAUAGAAAGAAUGAAGAAUCCCCACCUGCGGGCCAAACUAGCAGAGGUGUUGGAAGCAGUGAUGCCCCACCUGGAUCAGACCCCAAAUCCCUUGGUAUCCAGUGUAUUCCACCGGAAACGUGUGUUCUGCAACUUUCAAUACGCACCCCAACUUGCAGAGGCUCUAAUCAAGGUUUUUGUGGACAUUGAAUUCACAGGAGAUCCCCAUCAAUUUGAACAGAAGUUUAAUUACCGCCGUCCCAUGUAUCCCAUCCUAAGAUACAUGUGGGGGACAGAUAGCUAUCGGGAGAGCAUUAAGGAUUUGGCUGACUAUGCCUCUAAGAAUUUAGAAGCCAUGAAUCCCCCACUUUUCCUCCGCUUUCUUAACCUGCUAAUGAAUGAUGCCAUCUUCCUUUUGGAUGAAGCCAUACAGUAUUUGAGCAAGAUAAAGAUUCAGCAGAUUGAGAAGGACCGAGGCGAAUGGGAUAGUCUGACUCCAGAAGCCCGUCGAGAAAAGGAGGCUGGCCUACAGAUGUUUGGACAGCUGGCACGUUUCCAUAACAUCAUGUCCAAUGAAACAAUUGGUACCCUUGCCUUUCUCACAUCAGAGAUCAAGUCACUCUUUGUGCAUCCCUUCCUGGCCGAGCGCAUCAUCUCCAUGUUGAACUACUUCCUGCAACACCUGGUUGGCCCCAAGAUGGGUGCCUUAAAAGUCAAGGACUUCAGCGAAUUUGACUUCAAACCCCAGCAGCUUGUAUCAGAUAUCUGCACUAUCUACUUAAAUCUUGGGGAUGAAGAGAAUUUCUGUGCCACUGUGCCCAAGGAUGGACGUUCCUAUUCCCCAACUCUCUUUGCACAGACAGUUCGAGUCUUGAAAAAAAUAAAUAAGCCUGGGAAUAUGAUUGUGGCUUUCAGCAACUUGGCAGAGAGAAUCAAGUCUCUUGCAGACCUCCAGCAACAGGAAGAGGAAACCUAUGCAGAUGCCUGUGAUGAGUUCCUGGAUCCCAUUAUGAGCACACUGAUGUGUGACCCUGUGGUGCUGCCAUCUUCCAGAGUCACUGUGGAUAGAUCCACCAUUGCAAGACAUUUGCUCAGUGACCAAACAGAUCCCUUUAACCGUAGUCCCCUCACCAUGGACCAGAUCCGGCCAAACACAGAACUGAAAGAAAAAAUCCAACGGUGGCUUGCAGAGAGGAAACAACAAAAGGAGCAACUUGAAUAGAUACUGUGAAUCAACCAAACCGAAACCAACCCCAGAGUGCAGAUAAACAAUUGUUUGUGGUUUCUCUUUCUCGUUCUGUUCCUUUUCUUUUUUUUUUUUUUUUUUUUUUUCUAAAUUAGAGAACUGCUCUUGCUGAAAUUAUGAUAGUUAAGAUUCCUAAGAACUUGACAGUGCUCCCCUGGCUUGCAGGAAAUUAUAGCAUCACCAAGUUUAGAAAUCAUCACGAAUUUUCACCCUCUGUUGUCUCUUCAUAUUCUUUUCUUCUUCCUUUUCUUAAGUGAAAUUAUAUUAUUUCAACUACUAAAACUUCUUGCCACCCUGCUAUUUCUCUUCCAAUUACUGUUCAAACAUUUUUGGUGAGUGCUGCCUUUAUAAGUAUAUAAUGUCACAUAUUUCAGUGACAGCUGAUAUUAUCAGAAAAAUCUUGUGUUAUCCUGUGUAUUUACUAGUCCUCAUGAUCUAUACUUAAGCCAUUUUCUGUGUUACAGAGUAACUUCACAUAAAAGCAGAUACCUUGAAGUUUGUGUAGACUUUUGAAUGAUAGAUGAGAAUUUUUUUUAAAGAAUUUAAAGGAAUCACGCCGGGCGCAGUGGCUCACGCCUAUAAUCCCAGCACUUUGGGAAGCCGAGGCAGGUGGAUCACGAGGUCAAGAGAUCUAGACCAUCCUGGUCAACAUGGUGAAACCCCGUCUCUACUAAAGAUACAAAAAAUUAGCUGGGCAUGGUGGCACGUGCCUGUAAUCCCAGCUACUCAGGAGGCUGUGGCAGAAGAAUUGCCUGAACCCAGGAGGUGGAGGUUGCAGUGAGCCAAGAUCGCGCCAUUGCACUCCAGCCUGGGUAACAAAAGCGAAACUCCAUCUCAAAAAAAAAGAAUUUAAAGGAAUCUUAUGCAACUUCUGUUGGUAGCUGUUAAUUUUGUUAUACAGUCUUUUUAAUGAGGACUGGUAAGGCAGACAUAGUUUUGACACUGUAGUCAAAACAUUUCUGGGGUGAGGAGACUGUUGGGCCGUUAUUCUCUUAUAAAAAUCUGUUUCUACAAGGACUAGGCCUGAGUAGAUUUAGGCGAGUAUCAUAUCCAUGAAAAAUGUCAUUUUAAGACACUAAUAUCAACAGUGUAUCUCAGUGUGAGAUAUAUACAUACAUACACACACCAUGUGCUUUUUUAUGUUGAUUUAGGGUAAACUGAGCACCACUUGAUAUUUUCUCUUCCAUAGUGAGAUGUAUGUAGUGUGUGGCCAUGUUUACUAACAUACUCAUUCUUGACAAAAUUCUGAGAUUAUAAAAUGUAUAUAGUUAAUAUUUGUUUGGGCUUGUGACCUGACUUCUAAGAGCUGCUUCUAACACAACCUUAGUGUGUGUUAGAAGCAAUUAACAAAGUAGGAAUUUGAGCACAACCUUGUCCAUAAGCCAUUUUAAAUAUACACUUAGCCCUGUGUAGUUAGUAGGUGGAUGGACACCACUGUAGUUGAGCUUGAGCUCACUACUCAAUUGUGCAGCUUAAUAUGCUAACUAGGGACAUUCCCCUAUGGAUUGUCUUUAUAUCACUAUCUUUCUAAGCCCAGAGAUAGAAGUGACAAAAAAAGUGAUAGGAUCAAGAAACAGGUGUCACUGCUUCAUUUGGAACAGGUUAUUAACUAUGGUCUCUUUCAAAUAAAACAGUUUAAUAUUUCAACAUAAGUGGCUAUAAGCAGUCCUUGAUGCGUUUUAUGGUAUCAGCUGGAAAGCCUCACAUUUAAGAGGGCUUCCCACCCCAGAUAUAAAAUAAAUGUUGCCUAUUGCUGUGCUUAUAAAUGAAAAAGAAGUCGAGGACACUUUUGCACAGGCCAGAAUGUAAGAUUCAUUCAGUGUGCUCCCCGGGCCUUUGAGCCAUGGGUUGGCAGGAUUUGUUUUCUAAUAAAAUAAUAAAUAAGCUUCAUUCAGUAUUUAUUAUCCCCCUUUCCCUCUCUGAGAAUGAACUCUGUAUAAAAUAAGCUUCUGCCUGUUUGCAUUUGUCCUCCAAACCCAAUCUAGUAGGAUGUUCAGUCAAGUAGAGUGUUUUCAUUUUAAAAACGAGGGGAGAAGACCAGAGUUUUUCAGGAGAAAACAGGAGGAAAAUGGGCACAAAAACUCAGAAGGCAGCUAUUCCCAGCAGCUUCCUAGUUAACAACCUCCAUGCUGCCUCCAGUCUCUGUAUUCUUCUGUAUUUAACCUUCAGAUUGUAAGCCUUUUCUGGCAAGCUUGUCUUCUUUUCUUAAGCUCUUUUCCUGAAAGUUUUUAUGAAUGGCUAUGGCACCAUUAAUGCUGCUGAGUAUCUUUAAACUCUGCACAGGCAAGUGUGUAGCUUAAGGCCACUACUGGUAAGGAAACCAAGUGUCCUCUGUGCCUUUUUUCAUUCUGUGAAGUAAUUUAAGUACAUCCAAAAAAAUUAGACUUUAAAAAUGUAUCAUCGCCGGGCGCGGUGGCUCACGCCUGUAAUCCCAGCACUUUGGGAGGCCGAGGCGGGUGGAUCACGAGGUCAAGAGAUCAAGACCAUAUUGGUCAACAUGAUGAAACCCCGUCUCUACUAAAAAUACAAAAAAAUUAGCUGGGCGUGAUGGCGCACGCCUGUAGUCCCAGCUACUUGGGAGGCUGAGGCAGGAGAAUUGCUUGAACCCAGGAGGCCGAGGUUGCGGUGAGCCGAGAUCGCGCCAUUGCACUCCAGCCUGGGUAACAAGAGCGAAACUCCGUCUCAAAAAAAAAAAAAAUGUAUCAUCUUGGUUCAGCACCAUGUGUAUAUACCCUUGGAAGUUUAAAAAGGUGUUUUGUCUGGAACUUAGAAGCAGCUCUAAAUCUGGUAGAGCAGACUUUCUAACAUACCUAGUUUCAUGUGCUGGCUUUCCUGGAGUAUGACAGAAAAUGAAGACUCUUUACUCAGCUCUGGUAUUGCUCAUAACUUACCAAGAGGCUAAUACUAAACUUGGAAAAUUGUUUAAGUAUGUUUUAUCAAGCAGCGUGGGUUUUGUUUUUUAAUAUAGUUUUUAAUGGAUAUAUAAAAACUGAAGGAAACUUUAAAGGCUUUUUAAUGGUGCAGGUGAAGGUGCCAGUUGCUAUUUGGUAUCACACUCUACAAAAGCUUCAUUACUUUAUUUGAUGCUGGUUGCUAAGCAGCCACUGCACACAGCAUAAGUCUACUGGGUGCCUUUACAAGCCAGAGGCUGAUGCUGCAUUGUUGAUGUCAUGUGAGGAAAUAAUGCACAUGCUGUAAUUGCUCUACAGGAAAUGAACCUAGAAACAGAAAAUGAAGAACAAAAAGGUUGAUUGAAAUAAAACUUGAUCAACACAACUGUAUUUUGAAACAUUCCAGGAAGGUUACUACUUGUCAAACUUGCCUGGCAGUGUUUGUUCAAAACUUGUAUUUAAUAAAUGAACACCUGACUUAAAA